CGGCGAUGCUGCGGGACCGGGGAAGGGUCCUUUCCACAACAGGAGUCUGCCGCCAGCGCCUCUGGCCUGCGCUGUUCUCCUCGCGGAGGCCCGGGGUAGUACCGGGUCCCUGCUCUACGUGCGAUCGGUCUGUUCAUUCUGAGUAGUAGAUGUGAAAAUCGGCGAUUUCUGGUUGUGCUCCCAAAUCUGUGCUCUUACAGUGCUUUUCCGUCCUGCUCAGGAGAAAGUACAUUGAAUGCUGUGCCCUCCAGAUCUCCAGCCCAUGCGGAAUAGCACCAGGAAAAUAUCCACCUUUGCUUUUGUGAUGACCCACCCUUAAGGGGAAGGGUGUCUGCAGCUGUUUAAUAUAAAUCUAGUUAUUUCAGGUGAUUCAGAAUUAAUUCUCAUGUCAGCAGAGAGCUCGACUGUCACAGUUCGUCUUGUUCGCUCUUUUGAGCACCGGAAUUUCAGACCUGUGGUGUACCAUGGAGUUGCCUUGGAUCAGACAGUGAAGGAGUUCAUUACUUUCGUGAGGAAGGAUGUGUCUUCAAGAACAGGACUUCCUCCUCCCUUUAAAAAUUACAAGUAUGAUACAAUGAAGAUUAUUCACCAAGCACACAAAUCUAAGACUGGUGAACUUGUAGUGAGUUUGGAAGAUGAUGACAAACUGAUUCUGAAAGAAGACAGUACACUGAAAGCAGCUGGAGUAGCAAAUGAGACGGAAUUAGCAUUCUUCUGUGGGGAAGAUUACAGGAACUACAGAGCUAAUCCUGUUUCGGCCUGGUGAAGAUCCCAAGAGAUUGUUUUGUUUUCCCAUACCUGUUGUAAAUUUCCCUUAUUCUGCUUAAUGAGAUUUUUCUUAAAGAUCAAUAAAUCCUAGAGGAUUGCUUUGCAAGCGGUGCAAUUUCCUUA